GUGUGUUUGGUAAUAAAGUGCCAGCGAUGGAGGGUGAAUCUGUUACUCUACAAACUGAUAUUAGGAAACAGAAAGAUGAUUUGAUGGUGUGGUAUUAUGGACCUGAAAACACUUUCAUUGCAAGAAUCAAUGGAAAGGCUGAGAGCAUCAAGUUAUCUGAUGAUGAGAGAUUCAGAGACAGACUGCAGAUGAAUGAUCAGACUGGAGAUCUCACCAUCACAAACAUCACAACUCAACACACUGGAGAUUAUACACUUAAGAUCAGAAGAAACAAUGACGUCACAUAUAAGAAAUUCAAUGUUACAGUCUAUGCUCCUCUGCCCGUACCUGUCCUCAGCAGUAACUCAUCACACAAAUGUUCUUCAUCAUCAAAUUGUUUAUUGUGUUCAGUGUUGAAUGUGAGAGAUGUGAGAGAUGUGAGUCUGUCCUGGUACAAAGGAAACAGUUUAUUGUCCAGCAUCACUUUGUCUAACCUUAAAACAAGCGCAUCUCUACCUCUGGAGGUUGAAUAUCAGGAUACAAACACAUACAGAUGUGUGGUGAACAAUCACAUCACAAACCAAACACAUCAUCUCAACAUCACUUUCUGUUCAGAUUCUUCUGUCCGGAUGGUCAUUAUAAUUUCAGUUGUAUUUGCUCUUCUGCUCUUUUUGAUCAUCAUCAUCACUGUUGUCUACAAACACAAAAGAGCUCUCAUAGCAAAUAUCAAGAAAACAUCAUAUGCUGCAGUAAUUGAUGAAGAAAAAUCAGGAACUCCAGAUGCACUUCCGAAGAAGUAAAUGCACAGCAGAAAAGCUACAUACAUGUUGAUAUGUUAUCAGAAAAAUACAUGGACACAUUUUAAACCAGGCCAGAGUGGGAGUUUUAUCUCAGGAGUCUUGCCAAACAAUUUUUCCUUGUGUGAAAUGUAAGCAUUUGCACUUUAUGGAGGCUGUUUCUCAAUUCCAAGAAUGCAAAGAACGGACUUGCGUUCUCGUGGAGAUUGGUCUUGCCAUGCGAUCUUCGAAGAAGGAACUCAGAAGGUCUCGAGAACACAGAACACACUUGUGAGAAUUGAAAUGUGUGCAAUCUUCUGUUGGUCACCUGACCUCCCCAGAUUUCAAUGCAUUCGAUGCAUCCUCGAUAUCAAGAACUCAUCCGGGUAUUUUCAUGCGUCCUCUGUACUUGCGUUCUUCAGAAUUGGAAUUGAACUUCGACUGUUAAUGAUGACGUAGAGCGAGGACACAAGGACGUAAGAUCGCUGAAGAUUGAGAAACAGCCGGACAUUACAUCUCUCAAGUUGCUCAGUCCUAAGAUGAACAUAAUAUGCAUUAAUACCUUUAUGAAGGAGCUAUCACCUAAAUCAUGUGCAAAUACAGAGAAUGAGCUUUCACUACAUUUUGCGGUUAUCCUUUCUGUAAUAAACUUUCGUUGUUAUGCAACUCUAUCACUGAUUAAUACACAAAAUAUUUUCUACCUAAAGACAGAUCUAGUGAACUGUAUUUAAACAUCGGAUCCAAAACUUGUAGCUAUAGUUGGAUUGUGUAUACGCUUCACUGAUUUUUUAUUAUGAGGGUAAAAUAACCAAGCACAAAUUAUUUUUGCUAUUUUAAAGUUUUGUAAUACUAUGUUAAUUGGAGUUAAAUUAUGCUUAGGGUAGUGUAGUGGUAAAGAUUUAGUACAACUUAUUCAGGUCCUUCUGUCACCUCUCACUAUAGUCUGAACAGAUAUUGAAAGCAAUUUAAGUUAUUUUAUUACUGUAUUAAAACUAUGUAAAGUGAGAUAAAUUACACAUUGUCUAUGAAGAUGCUGGAUCUUUUUUUUUUUUUUUCAAAAUAAACAUUCAGUCAGAAAAUAAAACAUUUAA